AUGAUGUAUAAAGGGGUGGACGCUUCGCUGGACUUUGGAUGGGAGUCAAGAUGAGACACAAAAUAUCAAGCGCCAGUUGUGAACACGUUUGACUGUCAAUUUAUCAAUUACCUUUGAAGACAUGCGCUCAACAACUCUUUUGGCGGCGCUCAUGCCGGCCGCACAGGUCCUUGCGGCUCCGAGCUACCAACAUGAUCUCCCUGCCAGCUACUUUAAGCACUUCAAGAACCCAGUCGUUAAGCGAUCAGCCGGCGGCAAGGCGAUCUGCGUCACUGGAACGAUCAAUAUCCAAGCCACUGCAAUGAAUAUCAAGUUCAAUGUCCAGCAGCCAACAAACAACUCAGUCGUCACAGAGAUGGUACAGGAAGUCGAUCAAGUUGGCUCGACAUAUGUCGAGGACGUCACUGGCCCUCGUGUUCAGGUCACUUCUACUUUUGGCAUCUACUCGCGUCUCUGCGUACCUGCAUAUACUGGCAAGGUCGACCCCAACUCGAUCCAGUUCCUCAUCCAUGGCGCCGGUUUCGAUGGCACGUACUGGGAUCCUGCGCCGGGAUAUUCGUACAUUGACGCGGCUGCCGAGAAGGGCUUCACAACCUUCUACUAUGAUCGUCUCGGCACUGGGCUGUCGGACCAUCCUGAUCCCAUACAGAUCGUCCAGUUGCCUAUUCAAAUCGCCAUUGCGCAUGAGCUCAUCCAGUUCAUCCGCGCGGGAAACUUGGCAACAACCAAGUUCAAGCACGUGGUGGGUGUCGGCCACUCUCUGGGCAGUGCGCAAACCAUUGGCGUCGCCGGCGCAUACCCCAAGGACUUGGAUGCGAUUGUCCUGACGGGCUUCUCCGCUGACGGAAGUGGUGCGCCCAUUGCCUUUGCCGGCGUUGGCCUCACCAUCGCUGCCCAGGCCGAUCGCAAGUUCGCCCAUCUCUCUAAUGGCUACCUGACGGCCUCCACAAUCCAGGGAAACCAGUUCUUCUUUUUCCGACAGCCAGGCUUUGAUCCCGCUAUUCUCCAACUCGCCGAGGACACCAAGGGCACCGUGACGGUGGGUGAGUAUCUCGGUCUGGGUGUGGAGCCGGCUGCCAGCUUUACGGGACCCGUGCAGAUCCUGAAUGGCCAGAAUGACUUGCCCAACUGCCAUGGCGACUGCCUGUACCCGAAUAACAAAGCUAAAGAUGCCAUCAAGCUCUUUUUCCCUGCUUCCGCACCAGAAUCUAGUUGGUGGUUGGCCCCCGGAACCGGACAUGGUAUCAACUUCCAUUACCAGGCACCCGAAGCCUACAGACACAUGAUACACUUCAUCGAAAAGCACGGCUUCUAAACAGUAAAGCUGGUAGGCUUGCGAGUUGCACAGGCCUCAUUGUAUUUUGAUUCGUUUGAAGAUUGGUGGAUGGAAAAGCAUAGCGUGCUUGGCGGAUCGAAGGUUCCAUUAUUCCAUACUACGGUUACUGGCAGAUUUGUUGUUAGCGCUCAUACUAAUAGCAGGGGUGCUCAGACUAGACUACUUACAGUUAACUAGUUAGCUAUCUUUUCUAUUACUCCGGUUCUUUUCGAUUUCUAUAAUAUUUCUCCUUAGUCCUACCAUAUACUAC